UUUUUUUUUUUCCUAAACCAAACUUUGAUCCCUUUUGAAUUCGAACCCAAACUGCAACCUUCUUAACGUCUGAUCUUGGGUUUUGAAGUCUGUGAUUGUUAAUCAAUGGAAUUCACGGACUUGAUUUGAAAUAAAAAACCAGACUCCAAUCCAAGAAGUUGCGGAUUUGUCUACAGCUCCCCACUUUUUUUUUUUGCUUAAUCCAAAAUGGAGACGCCCAGAAAUCCAGAUAAUGUUGAUUUUGGAUUGGGCACAAGCGAUCGCAGGUACGCUUAUUGGCGCCAAUCUUCAUUUCACCAACAAUCACAAGAACCCAAAACCCCAAUUUCUAUCAUCACGAAUGAUGCAACAAAGCCUCUGCUUUCACGCACCGUUUCAAGCAUUGACAUCCCACCGGAGAUUGAUUAUUCUUUUGAUUACCAAAACGACUCCAUUUUUGAGGACCCAAAGAGGAAACUAUCGGAUUUGGAUUCCGUGCUUUCGAUUUUUAGGGUUAUUAGGUCUGGGAGUAGACAAAUGAGAAGACUUUUCUUGAUGAUUUCUCUUAAUGUUGCGUAUUCUACUGCUGAAUUGGCGAUCGGACUCUUUACGGGCCGUGUUGGUUUGGUAUCUGACGCGUUUCAUUUGACAUUUGGAUGUGGGCUUUUAACGUUUUCGUUGUUUGCCAUGGCUGCUUCUAGGAGAAAGUCUGAUCAUGUCUACACUUAUGGGUACAAAAGGCUUGAAGUGUUGGCUGCUUUUACUAAUGCUCUGUUUCUUUUGUUCAUGUCAUUCUCGUUAGCUGUGGAAGCACUUCAUGCAUUCAUACAAGAUGAAUCUGAACACAAGCAUUACUUGAUUGUUUCUGCGGUGACAAAUUUAUUGGUGAAUCUUAUUGGUGUUUGGUUCUUCCGGAAUUAUGCUCGCAUUAAUAUUGUCUACAGAAAAGCAGAAGAUAUGAAUUUCCAUUCAGUCUGCUUGCAUGUUAUUGCAGAUUCAAUUCGCAGUGCAGGCUUGAUAUUGGCAUCCUGGUUUUUGUCCCUUGGGGUUGAAAAUGCUGAAGUUUUAUGUUUGGGGCUGGUUUCCGCUGCUGUCGUUAUGCUUGUCCUACCGCUCUUUAAAGCCACUGGUGGCAUCUUGCUUCAAAUGGCUCCUCCUAGCAUUCCAUCUUCAGCAUUGAGCAAAUGCUUGAGACAGGUUUCUGCCCGUGAAGAUGUUGCUGAAGUUUCUGAAGCUCGGUUUUGGGAAUUGGUUCCUGGUCAUGUUGUUGGCUCAAUUUCACUUCAGGUGAAGAAGGGGGUGGAUGAUCGCCCAGUACUACAAUCUGUGCAUGGUUUGUACCAUGAUCUGGGAGUACAGGAUCUGACAGUGCAAAUCAAUUAUGAUUGAGGUUCAUUUCCUAUAUAAUUGGUUUUUCUUUCUUUCCUUUUGUUCUCAAGAACAGCCUCAGAUUGAAGUCCAUCUUUUGCAUUCGAUAUUGUUGUUCUUUUGAAACAAUUGUAUUACCCAUAGAGGGGGAUUUUAAUCUAUAGUCCCCGUACAGAACGGAUUUGUGCAAAAUAACUUUGCGUCAUAGUUAUAGUUGAUUUUUCAUGUUUGUAUCUAAUGUCUUCACUCAUUUCCAUUA